AUGGAUAAACUUACACCAAGUCAGAAACGUGAAUUACGUGAUGCUUUCGAUCUUUUUGAUAAGAAUCAUUCGGGAACAAUUUCUGCAAAAGAAUUACAAGGAGUCUUAAAAGCAUUGAAUAUAAAAGCAAGUGAUAAAGAAACAGAAAACUUAAUGAAACAAAUGGAUAAGAAUAAUAGUGGUGACAUCGAUUUUGAGGAAUUUCAAAAUGCUAUCGCUCCAUCAUUUUUUAAAAAAUAUUCUAGACAUGAAUUAUUAGAUGCAUUUAAAAAAUUUGAUACAGAUGGAAAUGGUUAUUUAACAUUUGAUGAACUUCAAACAGUUUUAUUACGUCUAAAUAACAAUUUAAAACCAAAUGAUAUUAAAGCAAUGAUGAAAUCAUUAGAUACAACUGGUGAUGAAAAAAUUUCAUUUGAUGAAUUUUGUAAAUUAUUCGAAUAA